AAACUGGAAUCCACACCCUCUAUCUGCAGACUGCUUGUCGUGUCGAGACACCUCCUUGUCUUUGUUCCUCCAGCUGCGAGACAGAAGCUCCUCUAAAUAUUGACCAUAAGCUGAACACAUACACACCUGACAGAGAUACUCUGGGAGCAGUCGAGAGGAUUUUCACUAAAUUCACAAUCUAAAUGUCCCACUGAUACGAUCGGGAGAGAUGGGGUCUCCAGAGUUUUCCCUCUUAUCGUCCUUGAGAGGGGAAUUUAAAUCAGAGGAAUACAUCCAACCCCACUACAAGGAGACCUAUCGGCUGGCGAUCGAUCGCCUGGUGAGCGGCGGCAGAGACAAUUACCAGGAAUUCCUCAAGGGGGAACGUAUCGGAGGCUUCCUCUCCGACGAUGAGAUUCUCUUCAUUACUGAAAACGCGGAACAACUUCCCCCGCAAAACCAUGAAGACGAAAUAAAAGGUUCACCGGACACCCAAUCGUCCUCGGGGACGUACUGGCCCGUCCACUCGGAUGUGGAAACACCAGAUUUGGACUUGGGUUGGCCGGAGGUCAUGCAUGAGCUUAUACAAACUAAUAUAGACCUGCUGUUUCAUCCGGCGAGACAAAACAGCCCCACCAUCAAAGAGGUGAUCCGAAAGAAGAUUCAGGAAGCGAGACAGGUCAUUGCCAUUGUGAUGGACAUGUUCACUGAUGUCGAUUUAUUCAAAGAAGCUGUGGAUGCAUCUUUACGAGGAAUCCCGGUCUAUAUCCUUUUGGAUGAUUUCCAUCUGAAAAGUUUCCUCGCUAUGGCUGAAAAUCAAGACGUAAAGAUUCAACAGCUCAGAAACAUGAGGGUGCGCACCGUGAAGGGUCAGGAUUACCUCUGUCAAUCAGGAGCUAAAUUUCAUGGGGCAAUGGAGCAGAGGUUUCUUUUAGUCGACUGCCAAACAGCCGUUUAUGGAUCAUACAGCUUCUCCUGGUCAUUUGAGAAGAUCAAUCUGAGCAUGGUGCAGGUCAUCACAGGACACCUGGUAAAGUCCUACGACGAGGAGUUUCGAACUCUCUACGCCCGCUCCAAGGUUCCGGCUGAACUUUGCCCCCCAGAGGGAUCGUUCCAACGCAAUGGAUCACUUGGGCGGCAGAAUUUGCCAAAAUCUCAUUCUGCCCAAAAAAUUGACCGCAGGGACCAGUUGAGGCAUACGUUAGACACAGUGUAUAGGAAGACCUGUGAGAGGAAGCUGGGCACCAGAGACUUUGAAGACAGGCUCUUUGAAGAGGACACCAACAAGCUCGGGCCUUUGGGCGAAAACGGGAUCAGUGGUCCAAACCAGAUGCCCCCAUAUCAGUCAACAGAGGCCAUGGACUUCUUGAAAAGGCACAGCUAUGCCGGUGAGAGGCAAGGUGGCUAUGUUCCAGAGAACAUCAGACCCAGAGCGAGCAACUGGAAUAUCUCCAGAGAAGCAGGAAAUGGAAUCAACAACUACCACAUGGACAAUUAUUUGCCACAGAUGUACAGAGGUCAAAACAUUCGUCAGUCCUACAAUGGCAACGACAAACAAGUUGUGUCCAUUCAGCAGAACAUGCCAUCACUGGAGAAUACGUCAAAAUCGUUCAUGCGCACUUUGAGGAUCGAGUCUUACCUCAAAAACCCAGACGUCCCAUAUGGAGACUCUUUGGACCAGUCUGAAUCAAUGGACAAAGCUAACUCCUUCAUGCAGGGAAGAAUGAGGACUUCCCUUGCUUUCAAGUCCACAAUACCAGAGCAAAUGGAGCCAAACCGACACAUUAACAACUCCUCCAAUUAUGUCAACUCCUCAACAGCACAACACACUCCUUUGCACUACUCGUCGAUGCAGUGGAAUCCAACAUCAGCCACUGAAAACAGAAUGAAUCAGGACGAGUUCAUGUUGAAGAGGCAAAGUUCACAGGUUUUGGAAGACCAUCGGAAUAACCCGACCUAUGGUCAAGGUAGAAACACUACGUACCAGUCUGUAUACUCUAGUCUCAGUAGAGCUAAAGGUGGACACAUGAUCACAAACCCUGAUAUUGGGACAGACAGCUGGAACAAGAGGCACAGCGUGGCAGAUCCAAGAUCAAACACUGAUUACAAACAUGAGCCUUCAGCCAACAUGUAUGGUGCUUAUACAAGGAUGCAAGCAAACAGAAGCACAACAGGGAUCAAUGCACAGAAUGGUGGAUACGUGUCGAAUCUUAACGAGGAUCAAAGAUCUGUGUCUCACUAUGAUGUCAAGAGUAUCACAAGUACGAAGAGCCCCAGUAUUCCCAAUUGGGAGCCACCAUUAAGGACUGUGUCUGCAGCGGCUCUGGACCUGAAUAGAAAAGAGUUGUCAGACAAAUCCCACAGCAUGGUCUCUCACCUUUAUCUGAAGAAGAGCACCAAGACAAUAAAGUCAUUAUUACACAUACCAGAGAAAAAAGAGAGUUCAAUGAGUAACUUCGACACACAGAGUUGGAAGUCAGGUACAAGUACAGACACCAUAACAGCCGAGGAUGAUGAGAAGAUGUCAGGUGAAGGAAGACAACGUUACCAAAGCACAAGCAACUCUGUCAGGUCCGCUCCGGGACAAAGGAGAUACCCGCUAGAGGACGACCAUCUAAAACCUUCACAGCCUCGAUUCGGAACUGAGGAGCAACGAAAUCCACCACAGAAUCCAGUCCCCAAAACCAGUACUACUGCCGGUCUUGCAAAUAGCUCAAGGACAGACCCUGACUCAGAAAGCUGGAGCAAAGAUCGCAGCAGUGCCGGGACUCGCCCGUACAGCAGAUUUGAGCCUUUCUGCGCGUUGGAAAAGAAACACCCUCUACGCUUUGCACACAGCUUCGGAAGCACACACAUUCAGGAUAAAACCAAAGGCCCUCCAAAAGUAGAGUUUGUUACAGAUCACAGCGUCGGCCGGGCUUCACGAGGGCACCAUGAAAAUAAGCUGGAGAAAUUCAUCCAACGAGUAGGAAACCUCAUACACAAGAACAAGUAGUGACAACAGCUCUUGCACAAGUCUUACUCCACAGAGGUUACUUGAUGGAUACUCAGGAUCCUGGUUGCUAACCAUUUGACUUUUUAUGUCUAUUUUAUGUUUAUUUGAUUUUCUAGUCUACAUAUAGACGGAAUAAUCAUUUUUGUGUAGCAGGUUUUUAUUCUGUGUUGACUAUGGAACUGUUUACAUUUCGACCUUUGCUCUUUCUUUUGUACAGAUGCACUAUUGAACAAGAUUGCACAAAGAAUAUUUUAUGUUAAAACGUGCAGCAGGACUUCAGAUACUAGAGUCUGUAUUCACCUGUAGGUGUCUGCAUAACACAGGGAUUACCAUACCAAAGGGUCACUCUGCAAUGCUGUUUGACAGUCAAGGUGAAGGUGUUGCAAGCUAACCACUUAUCCAUGUGAUGAAAACAAACCAACAUGCCACUGCAUUCUUCAUGUCCAUGUUUUACUCAGAGGUGUUGUAAGUGCUAUGGGGGGUUGCAAUAAUUUUGAGUAGUAAAAUAAAAUAAUUUUUUU